ACCUCUUCUUCCUCCCAAUCCGUUGCAAUAUUCUAAAUCUCGUCGCUUCUCGAUUCAUCUCCUAUCCUCUGCGUGUCAUCGCCCUCUGCUAAGAUCCACUUUCACGAUCUUCUCCAUUCCAAAUCAAUCGAGAAAACCCUUGCGGAAACCUCGGUCCGGAGCUUCUUCUCUAUCUCUAAGGCCGUUGGAUUGGAAGUUUUUUUAGUACGAUUCUCGACAUUUGGAUAGCAACGCCAGGUUGGAUAUUUGCUUGCAAUGGCUCAUUCUAAAGCAUCUUCUCGACCCGCUUGUUCAAGUCAGCACUGCUCAGAUUGGGCUAGAAUUUAUUUGAAGUAUUGUCUUUGCAGUGCAAAAGAUGGUGUAGCUAUAUUUCUUGGAACUGUCAGUAUCAUCAGUUGGGGAGUUGCAGAGGUUCCUCAAAUCCUUACAAAUUUCCGUGAAAAAUCUACUAAAGGUCUUUCAGUCGCAUUCCUGAUGACAUGGGUUGUUGGGGAUCUGCUUAACCUCAUUGGCUGCAUUCUGGAACCUGCUACUUUGCCAACGCAGUUCUACGUGGCAUUGCUGUACACAGCUACCACAGUGAUUUUGACAGGACAGACUAUAUACUAUGGCCAUACUGAUCGGAGGCAUAAAUCCAACAAAAAUAUUAUAUCCAGUAAGACCCAAAAUUUUUGUCAGGAAAAUGAAAACCUUUUAGGCGAUGCAAAGAAAAGCAAUGUUGGUGGUUACAAAGGAAAUACUGCAAGUCUUUCUGAGGAGAGUAACACACAAAGUUCACCAAUUCCUGUUACUGGACCAUCAAGUCCUAGUGAUUCCAAUGGAAGAAACUUCUAUUUUGUGUCAGCUCGAUCUUUAUCAAAGAGCCCUGUGCCUAUUUUUGGCACUUGGUUGGCAUAUUCCCAUGAGGAUGGAAGAUCACAUCACCUCAAUGAUGGCCAUCAUGAUCAGCAGUUUGCAGCAACAGAACCUUUACUUUCAUCUCAGUCUGCUCCAACCAAAUUUAGUACUAAAAAUAUGCUUUCUUUGGUACCUUCAACUGGUCUUUUGAUUUGCAUUUGUGUUUACCAUCUUUGCUUCCAUGAUAAUACUGAACCACAUGGGAUGGUUGUACAAGUUGGCCGCAAGUUGUUACAGAAUGAACUUCAAGGUAAUGAAGCUAGUGGAGCAGGCACCUUGCUAGGUUGGAUGAUGGCAGCUAUUUACGUGGGGGGAAGGCUUCCUCAGAUUUGCUUAAAUAUUAGAAGGGGCAAUGUCCAGGGUCUCAAUCCGUUGAUGUUUAUAUUUGCAUUGGUUGGAAAUAUAACUUAUGUGGGAAGUAUCCUCGUGAAAAGUUUAGCUUGGUCUGCAAUCAAGCCUAAUCUUCCAUGGUUAGUUGAUGCUGGAGGAUGUGCCAUACUGGAUGCUUUCAUUGUCGUCCAGUUUGUCUACUUUAGAUAUCGACAACCCAAUAAAUCUGCCUCGGACAACAAUCAAGCUUAAUGGAGAAAUGACAUGCAUAAAUAUCAGCAAUAAAAUUCUUUUCAGAUGCUGAACUGGUAUCCUUGUGGAUUCUACGUAUUCUCAAUGAUAUGUGCUGCCUCUGACAGUCUCUGUUUGGAGUUCUGAUAAAUGUGUACAGAUGCUAAAUGUCUUUGGUUGUGGUUGAGCCAGAACCCGUAGACUCAGCCGGUUUUGGUCUCUUGUAGAAAUAAGUAAUUCCUAUAUUCCUUGCUUUUGGUUUCUCUUCA